GUAGUUAGCUUACACCGGUUUCCUCGCUGAGUGUCAUGUCGGAAACCAGCGCUCAACCACCGGUGAAUUUUAAAUCUCGAGCCCCUCCUUUUAGUUAGCUAGUUAGCUAGAUUUCCCUCCGUUGAUUUCUAAAUGAUAUGUCCUGGUUUCAGUGCUAUGGCAAAACUGAACUUCAACACAACAUUUACGGAUUAGAACGGGGAAUGGUAGCUAGCUUGAAUCAUUGCGUACCAGCCGCACAUUAUUGUUGCACAAUGCUAACCGCAAUUGCUGCACCAUGUUUCGGCAGUAUUGUUACGCUCGCCGUUACCAUGGCGUUUGUUCUUACCACGCGCGCACUUGUCUGAAUCAAACAUUCUGAAGUGUGCUCAAGAAAGACAGCAAUAUUUCGGUUCACUCUCCACAUUGUUAUAUGAAUACUAAAGUUUUGAUCAAGCUAUUACCAAUAUCUGAAUUUGUUGCGUGUUCGAGGCCUAUCUCAUCUGCUAAAGCCUCCGCUAGUGCUAGUGAGCCAUACUGCCAGGAGUGGGAGGGACCAGUUGCCGUAAACGUGUGUAAAGUCAAGUCACUUGUCUUUGAACUUAGCUAGUUGCAAACGGCUAAUUACAGUAGCGCUUAGAUUAUUUAGUUUGUCCCAUUUUGAGGAAAAAACAUAAUCAUUAAUGUUAAUUGAUUGCACUUAAGAUGUAUUGCUUUUGUUUAUCCGUCUUGAAUUAGUUAGAUUGGCUUGGCCCAUUUCGUUUCAGUUUGAUAGUCUAGCUAGCAGGCAGACAGAUCUGCUUAGCUAACUCCAAACUGAAACGAAAUGGGCCAAGCUCCGCUGCCAGGGAACUUUCAUGCUUGUCGCUUGAACAGCUGGGAAUUUGCAGAUGUAACUCAAUGAACAAUGACCAUAGUUGACAGAUCUUCGGAGAAGUCUGACCUGGAGUCAGUGGGGUGCAAGCGCUCCCCCUUCCCCAGCGGCGACGCAGGGAUGGACGGCAGCUGCUCCAGCUGGGGAGGGGGACCCUCGCCCAGUGACCCACCCAGGGUGAAGGCAGGGGGCUGCCUAGGACCCACUCCUGGGGCAACUGUCUACAGCAACACGUCCCACUCUGGGGACAGGCCCAAGGAUCAAGCAGUGCUGACCAGUGGAGACGGCAUUGCCCUGCCCCAGAAGGUUCUGUUCUCCCCGGACCGCCUCAGCCUGAAGUGGAACCAGGUCCAUCGCAUCGGGGCAGGCCUGCAGAACCUUGGCAACACCUGCUUCCUCAACUCGGCCAUGCAGUGUCUUACCUACACCGCCCCGCUCACCAACUACAUGCUGUCCAGGGAGCACUCCAAGACCUGUCACGAGCCAGGCUUCUGUAUGAUGUGCACCAUGCAGAACCACAUCACCCAGGUGUUUGCUAACUCUGGCAACGUCAUCAAGCCCAUCGGCGUUCUCAACGAGCUCAAACGGAUUGCCAAGCAUUUCCGCUACGGGAGCCAAGAGGAUGCCCAUGAGUUCCUACGCUACACUGUGGAUGCUAUGCAAAAGUCCUGCCUACCUGGAACCAAGCUUGACAGGCAGACGCAGGCAACUAGUUUCAUCCAUCAAGUUUUUGGGGGAUAUCUAAGGUCUAGAGUAAAAUGUUUAAACUGCAAAGCAGUCUCUGACACCUUCGAUCCCUACCUGGACGUCGCCUUGGAGGUUAAGACUGCUCCCAGCAUCACCAAGGCCCUGGAACAGUUUGUGAAGCCAGAGCAGCUGGAUGGGGAGAAUGCCUACAAAUGCACCAAGUGUAAGAAGAUGGUCCCUGCCUCCAAGAGAUUCACCAUCCACCGUAGCUCCAACGUCCUCACCAUCUCACUCAAGCGCUUCGCCAACUUCAACGGGGGCAAGAUUGCAAAGGACGUGCGGUACCCAGAGUACCUGGACCUGCGCCCCUUCAUGUCCCAGAGCCACGGGGAGCCCCAGGUCUACGCCCUGUACGCCGUCCUGGUCCACUCUGGCUUCAGCUGCCACGCCGGACACUACUUCUGCUACAUCAAGGCCAGUAACGGCCAGUGGUAUCAGAUGAACGACUCCACGGUGGCCGUCAGUGACAUCCGCUCGGUCCUGAACCAGCAGGCCUACGUUCUCUUCUACAUCAGGUCCCCCGAGCUGAAGAACGGGGGAGAUUACGGCCACCCGAACCGCAACCCCGGCCAGUCGUCCCCGCGGCCGCCCGCACUCACCCCGCGUCUCAACACCGCGCCCCGGCACGCACACGCCUCCGCCGGCUUCAUCGGCCCGCAGUUGCCCCCUCACAUGUCAAAGAACACCCUUCUCAUGAACGGGAACGGCUCUCUAAGGGACCACCCGCCUGGCUCCAAGCCCAGCACCAGCACUGGAGGCCCAGGCAAGAGCGCCCACGGACUCCUCGCAUCCUCAUCCUCCUCUCUCUCCCGGCCCACUGGGAUCCCGGAGCCCGCAAAGCGCCAGAAGCUCUCCUUCUUCAUUGGCCAGGGCAAGCAGAUUCGCCCCUCCUCCUCCUCCUCCUCAGGCCCCUCCUCCUACUACGCCCAGCCUUCCUCUUCCCACUCUACCUCAGACCCCUCGUCCGCUCAGCACCCGCCUCGCGUGAACGGCGGCCCGGCCGGUAACGGGAGUCAGGGGGGCAGCGCCGCGGCGUUCCUGGUGCCCUACGAACACGAGUCGUCGGAGGAGUCGGACCAGGAGGCCGCUGGCCACGAAAACGGCCUGGGUAAGGCCCGCGUCAACGGCAGGAAUGGGGGAGGGCCCGUGUACGGCCCCGCCCCCCGGCCCCAGCCGCCCUCCAAGACCUCCGGGGAGGCGGGUCAGCACCACAACGGGAACGGCAGUAACGGGAGCCCAGCCUCUAACGGCGUGCCCAAGCCCAGCGUGCCCAAGCCCAGCCAGAACGGCCACCACAAGGUCAACGGAGACCAGAUCCCCGACAAGGUGACUGAAAAUGGCCAUGGAGCCUUGUCCAGUGUGGGUGCCAGCACGGUGAAUGGCCAAGAGUCCCACCAUAGUCAGACCACCCCCACCCAGACCAAGCCCCCUGUCCUGAGUGAAGGACUCCCCUCUCCCACCCCCGAGAGACCCGCCUCCAUUAACGACAUAAGGGCUACCCCCCCCUCGGUCCCCACACCCCUUGCUGCUAGCACUCCAUCCUCAUUGGCCGCGGCCACUAAGAUUGACGCCGUGACCGACGCCUCCAGGGAGGCUGCCUCCUCCUCCUCUUUCCUUUCAGCUCCCGCCAUCUCCCCAGCCUCUUCCCAACCUCUCAGCCCCCCCGUCUCCCAGCCUCCCCUAGGCCCGGCGCCGGAGCCCAGGGCCUCUGUGCCGGCCCCGGCCCCACACGGGGAGCACGGGGCUGGGGACAAGGCCAGGGAGCUCCUGAAGCCCCCUCCCCACAGCAAUGGGCUGGGGGGGAGAGGAGACGGCAAGCCCAGCUCCAAGGAGGAGAGACGCUCAUCCAGGGACAGAGACAGACCCUUCACCUCAGACAGAGACCGGGAGAGAGACCGCCUCUACUCCUCCGACAGGGAGCGAGAGCGGGACCGGGACAGAGAGCGCUACCCCAGGGACAGAAGCCGGGACCAGGACCGAGACACAGGCCGCUAUCGCUACCACAGGAGGGACCACAGGUCGUACCGGGACCGCUCGUCAAGCUGGGACCGGCAUCACCGGGACUGGGAGCGGCGGUGGGAGAGGACGGGCCACCACCACCCUCGGGACUGCGACCGAGACCGCUGCUCUCACCACUACCACCAGCGCCCACGGGAGGAGCGAGACCGGGAGACGAGGGAGCACAGGUACCACGCCCAUCGAGACGACCCGCACGGCCGCCGGAGGAGCAGGGAGGAGGGCAGGGAGAGGGGCGAGGGCAGGGAGAGGGGCGAGGGCAGGGAGAGGGGCGAGGGCAGGGAGAGGGGCUACCCCGCCAAGCAGGAGCAAACCUCCCUGCCCCGUCAGAGCUCCAGCAGGACCACCCUCUCCCCCCCGCACCCCUCCGCCCCCCUGGGGGGGUCGGCCCUGAGCAGCGAGGACCCGAGGAGGAGCCGGGGCGCCGAGCGGGAGGAGAGCUCAGAGGAACGGCUUGCCAAGAAACACAAGAAGGGCAAGAAGAAGAAGAAGUCUAAAGAUAAAGAGAGGCACCGUAAGCAAAGCAGCUCUGACGCGGAGUCCUCCGACCGGGGCGAGGGCGGCUCCUCCUUUAAACACAAGAAGAAGAAGAAGAAGAGAAAGAGGCAAAGGCACGACACGGAGAGCGAGUCGGAGAGGUCGGAGGUCGAGAGUCGCACGACCCCGAGUUCCGAGGGGCAGCGGGGCCACGACCAGAGGGCGGGCCACAAGCGCCAGCACCACAACCCGGGGAAACGCCGUCGACUUGAUGACGACGAUGAGGGCCACCUCUCGUCUGGCCACACGUCCCCCUCGGCAGCAGCCAGCAGUGGGACACAGCACCAUCUGAAUGGACACACAGGUAACGGUUUCAGUCGACCCAUCGGAGACUCCCAUGGAAGUUCUACCAACAACACGUACUCAGACAUGAAACACUGAGACAGUCUCCUCUCCUCUCGCUAAUAGAACAAUACUUUGAAUACUGUACAAAAUCAACCUUUUAUGGAAAAUUGAAAUUCAGCAGCAAAGGAAUGAGAUCCGCUUAUUUGAACGUGGUGCUUAAAUCAUUGGAAGAAUAUACUGUAUUUUUACCACCUGGAACCGAAAUGUUUUAAAGAUUCUAGAUUCUCUUUUUUUAUUGUUUAUGUUUGAUUGAGUUUUCUUCUCCUAACUCAUUGUUUGACAGUGAACCCUGUCUCUCAAUGGCCAUUUAUGAUAAAGAAUUAAUAUAUACUUGUACUGUAAAGACACGAAAACAAGGAAAACAACUUCAGAAGCCUGGAGCUUGACCACCUCACCUGCUGCUCAGUGGAAGACUCAGGACUUUCAACUUUGACCUUAGUUUGAAAACAAGACUUUAAGUACUUGUAAGGGUCAUCUGGUUAUAAAA